UCAUCCGCCAUGCUGCCGCCUUCCGUGAGGCCUGCGGGGUUGGGAUGCCGCAGCUUGCCGCAGGUCGCUGCGCUUGGCCUCUGCUAGACUCCUGUGUGGUUCCACAAUGCCUAAGAAAGCCGGUGCGACAAGCAAGGGUAAAAACCAAACCAAGGAACCAGAGAUACCACCUCCCCCUGCGGGGCCUGUAGCAACUGAUCCUAAAGGUUUUGUCACCAUAGCCAUCCAUGCCAAACCCGGCUCCAAACAGAAUGCUGUGACAGACCUGAGCACUGAGGCCGUUGGUGUGGCCAUCGCAGCACCUCCGUCUGAGGGAGAGGCAAAUGCGGAGCUCUGUCGGUACCUUUCCAAGGUCUUAGACCUCAGGAAGAGUGACGUGGUUCUGGAUAAGGGUGGUAAAUCUCGGGAAAAGGUGGUGAAGCUUUUGGCCUCUACAACUCCAGAGGAGGUCUUGGAGAAGCUGAAAACAGAAGCCGAAAGGAAAUAAAGGCGAGAAAUGGCAUGUACUUCCUUGUGGAGCUCUCAUAAGAGUGGAGGGGGCCACACAGGAAAAUAAACAACAGUGCCCAGACGUGGAGAAUGGAAUGCAUAGAUAAGAUCAGACUAAAGUAAAAGCAGAAAGCUUAGGUCUAUAUAUACAUUAAAUACAGGCUCUCAAAUCCCUCACUAUGGGAGCUGGAGAUGGCUCAGUGGUUAAUACCCCUGCUCUUCCAGGGGACUGGGCUCAGCUCCCAGCACUGACACUGGAGGGCUCACACAGACUCCAGUCCCAGGGUGUCCGAGCAUUCUUUUCUGGCCUCUGAGGUCACUUGCAGACCGUGGUUCAUGUGCGUGCACUCCAGACACAUACACACAUUCACACUAAAUAAACCUUUAAAAUCCCUGAGUGCAAACAGCCUGAAAUACAUUACGCUAAUUUCAUGGGAUUACAACGAAACAGCUGCUGUCCGUGAUGGAGCUUCUGACCUGCAGGCCCUGGGAGGUGAGUUGAAGGUCAGGGCACGGAGGAUGACAGGAAACAGUUCCCUGCAGUCCUAGUGAAAUGCCUUUAGCCUCACAGCUCCAGUGUUUCUGGAGUUCUGGGGUCUUCUAAUUCAGUUUACAGCUGAGAAACCUUUUAUACUGCUUCUAUUUUAAGUUUUUGGGUUUUUUUUUUAAAUGCAAAAGUAUUUUCUUUAUAUCUUUUAAAGAUUCUCUGGAACAUUUUGUGGAAAAGUAAAUAAUCAUGAAGACACAUAACUUAAUGUCAGUUAUUUUUGGAGCUUUCUAAACUUUCAAAUCUAGAAGUUCUUAGGAAUCUACAACAAUCUUAAAAGAAUAAAGAAGUGUCCGGAACAAUGGCUAGCAGUUAAGAGUGUGUACCGCUCUUGGAGAGGACCUGAGUUCCUAGCAAACCCAACAUGGAAUGACUCACAACUGCCUGUAACUCCAGUCUCAAGGGAUCCAGUGCCUCUGGUCUGAGGAUGCCCACACUCAUAUACAUACACAGACACACCUGCAGAGAUAGAGACAGACACAUACAUAAUUAAAAAUAACUUUAAAAAAAAUUUUUAAAUGAUAAAGAUGACCUGGAAGUUUUUUUCAUUGUUUGUAAAGCCCAUCAGAAAUCAGUUGGGAGUGUUUCCUGCUGUGCAUGAAGCCUUGGAUUCAGUCCCCAGCAUUGUGUAAACUGGGUGUGGUAGUACACUCUUAUAAUCCCAGCACUGGAGCUGCGGGCAGGAGGAGGAGGCGAUCCUUACAUAAUAGUUUCAGAUCAGCCUGGGACACAUGAGCCUAUAUAUCUGGAUCUAUAGAUGACGUGUUUAUAUUGCUCAGUAACACACGUGUGUGUAUAUACAGCUGAAAAGAUAAUAAAUCUAUCUCACAUAUUUGACUUAGAUUUUAA